AUGGAAGGAAUUCUGAGUCCUGAUCAUCAAGUCGAGGUAAAAAAAUACCUUGACUUUUUUGCCUUAAAACGCAGAGAAAACUUAAAGGAGAUUGACACCUCAGCUAAACAAUUUAUAGCAAAAAAUCUCAAUGAAGAUGCUUUGCUUCAGAAGAACGAGGUUGAAGCUUUUAUGGACAAUUUUGUCAGAGAAGUAUCAAGCACAAUUGAAGCUGAAUUGCAAAAUAUUGCUCACAUGUCAGGAGUUUAUAUAUUCCUUUUUAAAUAAAAUAUUACCAAAUUUAAUAUAUUACCAAAAUAAAGCUAUUUUUCUAUAAAAGAAUAAAAAUCUUAAUGAACCAAGCUCAAACCCACAAUUUGACUUUGCAAGCUGAUACUUCUUUCAUCGAAAAUCUCCAUGCAAUCGAAGAAAUGAGAAACAUAGAAAGAAGCCAAAAAGCUUUAGACUUAAACAAAAGGACUCAGGGUGCUAGACUUCCAACUCUCCAAACAAGCUUUAAUAAUGAUCCUUUAUUAGUAAAGCAGCUUAAUGAACUUAAAGAAGAAAAUAAUACUUUGAAAAAUCGCAUGAAGCAAAUGCAAACUCAAAUUAGUCAAAUUUUAGAUGAAAAAAUGGAACUGAGGAAUGCAGUAGAAAGCUUAACAGCUCAAUUAGAAAAUGGGCCAAGACAUGAAGAGCCACAGCAUGAUACUCAAGCUAUUCAUAUGCUAGAAGAAACUAAGGUAGAAAUCAUUUAGCUUCAACUGCAGACUAAAGAAGAGCUUAUAAAGCAGCUUAAAGAGGAACAAGAUAAAAGGCUAGCUGACUCAAAGCAAUUCCAAAGCUUGAAGAAACUGAUUGUUGGGAAAAAUGAGCAAAUAAAGGAGCUGAGAGAACAGUAAUGAAUAAAUAGAUUGGAAAGAUUACAGAAGUCAUAA